AGUCGCCCCUGAUCUUUCUGUGUUCGUAUGGCCCAUGUGGUCGAGCUGACACACACGCCACUCUCGCUGCUGAACUACACAUCAAGAUAACUGUCAUUGUUUGCAGACUCCGCCUCCCCGGCGCUCCUGAGGCGUACCCCGGAGUACUGGUGUCGAGUCGACCAUCUGUUUUGACUUUGCUCCUUGUUGUCGCGCCAACACUUGUUGCGUUCAGAGUUUUUCCUCCAGCGACGCACAGACUCACCCGAGAUGGAGGCAGCUGAGGCUUUGGUGAAAUCUAAGCUGGGCUGGCCUCACAUGCAUCACUUGUUUGCUCUACUUUGUCUCGUUGCCGUCGUCUAUAAAUUAACUGUUUGGUACGUCCAGAGAAGAGAUAUGCUCCGAAACCUUGAGGCUUUCCCAGGACCACCGCGACACUGGCUGUUGGGACAUGUUAAAGAGUUUAAACAAGACGGGACAGACUUUGAGAAGAUAGUGGAAUGGACAAAGCAGUACCCUUACGCUUUCCCAUUGUGGUUUGGCCCAUUAGUUUCUUACGUCAACAUUGUACAUCCAGAUUAUGUGAAAACCAUAUUGUCAUCAACAGAGCCAAAAGAUGAUUUUGUGUAUGGGUUUCUUGUGUCUUGGAUUGGUGAAGGUUUAUUGGUGUCAAAUGGUCAAAGGUGGUUUCGGAACAGAAGGCUCUUGACUCCAGGUUUUCAUUAUGAUGUUUUGAAACCAUACACUAACCUGAUGGCAGACUCUGCUAAAACAAUGUUGGACAAAUGGGAAAGUUAUGCAAACACCAGCAAGUCCUUUGAAUUGUUCGAACAUGUGAGCCUUAUGACACUGGACACCAUCUUAAAGUGUGCUUUCAGCUACAGCAGCAACUGUCAGACCAAGGGUGGAAGUAAUGCAUACAUCAAGGCAGUUUAUGAGCUCAGUGAUCUGAUUAACCUGCGGUUCAGGACAUUUCCAUACCACAAUGACCUGAUUUUCUACCUUAGCCCACAUGGUUUCAGAUACAGAAAAGUAUGCAGAGUGGCUCAUGAUCAUACAGAGGCGGUCAUAAGAAAGAGGAAAGAAGAACUAAAGGAGGAGAAGGAGCUGGAACGCAUACAGGCCAAAAGAAACUUGGACUUUCUGGACAUCCUUCUCUUAGCAAGAGAUGAGAACCAGCAGGGUUUAUCAGAUGAAGAUUUACGAGCAGAAGUGGACACCUUCAUGUUUGAGGGCCAUGACACCACAGCCAGUGGCCUGUCUUUCAUCCUCUACUGUCUGGCCUGCCACCCAGAACACCAGAAGAUGUGCAGGGAGGAGAUCAUUCAAGCCUUGGAUGGCAAGGACACCAUGGAGUGGGAGGAUCUCAGUAAAAUUCCAUACACCACAAUGUGCAUCAAAGAGUCCCUUCGCCUUUACCCUCCUGUACCAGGAAUAUCCAGACAGACCACAAAACCCGUGACCUUUCCCGAUGGAAGGACUAUACCGAAAGGUUGUAAUGUUGGAACAAGUGUGUAUGGACUUCACAGGAAUGCAGCUGUCUGGGAAAACCCUGAUGUCUUUGACCCACUGCGUUUCCUACCGGAGAAUGUUUCCAAGAGGUCACCUCAUGCAUUCGUGCCCUUCUCUGCCGGGCCAAGGAAUUGCAUUGGGCAGAACUUUGCCAUGAAUGAGCUGAAAGUGGCGACAGCCCUAACACUGAGGAGGUACCAUCUGAUCGAGGACCCCACCCAGAAACCCAAGAUUAUACCAAGACUGGUGCUUCGCUCACUGAAUGGCAUCCACAUCAGAAUCAAACCUGUAGACCCACAAGAGUAAAAGGAAAUUACUGUAGGAAAUGCUAUAAACCUGGAAAAAAUACAUUAAUCAGUCAGGAUUAACUGUGCCGUAUUUUAUUUAGUGGCUGAAUAUGUUAUUGAUUAAAUUAGUUGCUGAAAAAGAAGUUGCACUUAUAAUUUAAAAUCCUUUUCUGACACUGUAACAGUUUGUAAUGACACAUUUUGCACUUUAUAAGUUAAAAAAAAAAGUUUUGGAAUAACCACAGUAGUAUUCAACUUGUUUCUACGGCUCAAUCGGAACUUUGAUCUCAUCUGACAUGAUGUCUGCUCGAAGACACCCUCCACUCUCAACGAUAGGGAGUGUCUAGCUUUUAUUUUCAUAGCAAAAAUGUAUGUGUAUGGCUGACUCUUGUCAUCUUUGGACUUUUCAUGUUUGGAGGCUACAUUGUGGCACUUUAUUUGCUCAGGCUAAACUGGAUUAAGCAAGAAUGAUAGAUGAAUGCAUGCAAGAGUUUGCCACGUUUGAUUAUCUGCGGCAAAUAAAGCAAAUAGAGCAAAUAAAGUGCCAGUGUCGUGCCAAGGUAGUUGUUGGAGGUGGAGCUACAUUAGGCUUGUACUUUUUGAUUUCACUUAAGGGAAUUUAACAUAUCAGCAUGUGGAUUGUUUAUCAUUUUAAUAUUGCUGUUUUAUCAGGUAUGAUUUGUAAUGUAACACAUGGCUCAUCUAUCAAAGUAAAUGUUUUUAUUCUUCUGUACAUGUUACCAAACUAAUUAUUCAUUGCACUAAAUUGAGAAUGUCUACUGAAAAACUUGUA